AUGACUGCGGCCAUGCAGGUCGUGGUACGUUGUGUGCAGCGCGGGUCGUUCUUGGGGGAGUAUCGCCAUUUGGGCGAGGGCCGGAGCAUCGGCAGCGGGAGUCGUAUAUUAUCAUUGUCACCAUUUAUGGACGAGUGUGGCGUCAUUCGCGUUGAAGGUAGGAUAAGCAGGGCGGCGUUGCCGCCGGAUGCGGUGCACCCCAUGCUGCUGCCGAAAAGUCACGUUCUUACAACAUUAAUUAUUCAAGGAGAGCACGUUAGGAGCUUGCACGCGGGACUGCAGGCCACAAUAUGCGCGGUGCGUCAGCGCUAUUGGCCCUUGGCGGCACGUUCAGCGGUUCGCGGGGUGUUACGCAAAUGCGUAACGUGCUUCAGGUGUGGGCCGGCAGCAUCUCAGACGGUGAUGGCGGAUUUGCCUGGACCACGGGUAAACGUGUCAAGGCUAUUUACGCAUACGGGCGUAGACUAUGCCGGCCCGAUACUUAUAAAGGAAUCUAAGCGGCGCAACGCCGGGAUGGUGAAGGCUUACAUCGCUGUUCUCGUGUGCUUCGCGACCAAGGCUGUGCAUUUGGAGAUCGUAAGCGAUCUCACGGCGGACGCCUUCUUGGGGGCGUUUAAAAGAUUCAUGUUACGAAAGGGCAAGCUGGCGUGCGUGUACUCCGACAAUGGCACGACAUUCGUCGGAGCCAAUAAGCAAAUUAGGGAAAUAUACGAAAUAGCCAAUAGCUCUGAAGGGCAGGAAAAGGUGCGUCAGUUCGCGCGGCGGAACAAGUUCGUUUGGAAAUUCAUACCGCCCCAUGCCCCACAUUUCGGGGGGCUAUGGGAAGCAGCGGUGAAUCCGCGAAAAUACAUUUGA